UUUAGCUUCUCAUUCUCUCUUGUUUGGUUGUGCACGUUUGUGUUUGUUUGGUGCUGAAGAUCCUCCCUCCAGCCUUACCUCCGGUGUACACUCCUCCACCCUCCCCUUUCUCUUUCCCAGAAAAGAGCUUCCUCAAAGAGGUCCUAACCAACACUUUGCAUAGUUGCACAGCAAAGCAACGACAUCUGCUCCCUCACAGCCACUGGAGCUUCCACCAGUUGAAUGCUUCUUACCGAUGAGAUUCCACGUGCGAUGGAGAAAAGACCUGUCUCGGCCUCGGCCCCUGCCUCGCCUCAUCGCACCUCCAAAGCUGGCAAGGCGACGAGGAGGGAGCUCUCCCCCGCCUCUAGGGGCCACCGUCCCAGAGCCAACAAGACGGUGAGACUGACGGAGUCCCGUGAGAAAAAAGACAGGAAGAAGAAGGUGACUCUGGAGAUCGAGGGAGCGAAGGCAGAGGACGAGGAGGACGGGGCAGUGAAGUCCAGCUCCACAGUGAAGUCCAGCUCCACAGUGGUGGAUGUGGACGCUGUGAGAGAGGACGACAGGGCCGGGGAGAGUGAGGAAUCGUUGGGGCUGCUACUGGAGAGUGGGUGGCAGGAGGAAGGUGUGAAACCGAGGAAUCUAGGCUCGUGUGAGUGGCUGCUCAUGGUGCUGGCUUUGACCCUGGUUCUCCUCUUCCUACCCCUCUCCAUCUGGUUCUGUGUCAAGGUAGUGAGAGAGCAUGAGCGAGCUGUGAUCUUCAGACUGGGUCACUUACUGCAAGGCCGACCCAGAGGACCUGGUCUUCUUUUCUACCUCCCAUUCCUGGACGUUUGCCAGAGAGUAGACAUUCGACUGAAAGUGCUCAAGGUCCCACCUCACACAGUGGUGACUAAGGACCUGGUGAGCACAGAACUGGGAGCGGUGGUUUACUACCGGAUAGAGAACGUGGUUCUGUGCUCCACAGCCCUGUCUGGUCUGAGCACUAUGCUGCAGGCGGUGGCCCAGGUGGCACUCAGAGAUGUGCUGGCCCAUCACAACUUCACCCAGGUGCUCCUGGACAGGAAGAGGAUAAGCCGAGAGAUCCAGGUGGCCGUUGAUUCUGUGACCUGCCAGUGGGGGAUCAAGGUGGAGCGAGCAGAAAUAGAGGACAUUUGUCUCCCGGUGGAGUUGCAGCAUAGUCUGGCGGUGGAGGCAGAAGCCAAGAGGCAGGCCCAGAUCAAGGUGAUCGCGGCCGAGGGAGAGAGAGCGGCCUGCGAGGCUCUGAGGGUCUCUCUCGAUUCCCUGACGGGUUCCCCUGCCGCUGUGCAGCUGCGCCUGCUGCAGCUCCUCCACACCCUGCGCAGCGACCGCCCCACCAUGGUCCUCAACCUCCCGUCGGACCUCCUCACCCUGCCCCCCGACCUCUCCCUCCUGCCCGCCCGGGCCGGAGGAGGAGGGACCAGGGAAGGCCGCGACUCAGACUCUCCCAUGAUGUAAGGGACUAAUGGAAUGUUGUGACUGGGGAAUGGAAUGUUAUGACUGGGGAAUGGAAUGUUAUGACUGGGGAAUAGAAUGUUGUGACUGUUAUGAAUUUUCAAAUGGAGAGGAUGGUAGAGUGUGUGGACCUGAUUCUAGGCUGGUUUGCCUGUGUUAGCGUGUCCAUGUUUGUUUGUCUAUUAUUGACAG